CGUCGUCGUGGUCGUCGUCGUCGUCGUCGUCGUCGUCGUCGUCGUCGUCUCCGUAAAACUGUAGCAGACUUUACGGGGCGGAAAGAAAACAAUCUCUAACGUAUCGCUGGGAUCCCUCAAGGCUGCCGCGUCUGGCGCUGGGCAGGAGGACAAGGAGGCCGACGAGGAGAGGAGGCGGGCCCGCUUCCGGCACAACCAGGGGGUCUACGACAAGUACGCCUGCAGGGGCCUGGGGCAGUUCCGGGAGAAGCACGACGCGUGCUUCGAGAUCCAGGAGCGCAUGGCGCAGGUCAGGGAGGCGCAGGACGCCGAGGCGAAACGCGCUCGACUGGAGGAGUACGUCACGGAGUGCCUGGCCUACUGCAUCUCCGCACUCUACGCCCUGCACGCGCUGCUGCUACUGCAGCGCAUGAUGUUCAACAUCGCAGGGCGCGAGAUGGAUCUGCUCGCCGCUUCGGAGCCUGAGGCCGACGCGCCAGCCUACGAGGCCUUCCUGGAGUCCACCAGCUACUUCAAGGAGGGUGGCGCCCGUCGCGUGGCCGAAAGCGCUCGACGCGCCGCCCGCGCCUGCUCCGCGAAGGCCGAUCUCGGGCCGGCGACGGCGGUGACCGCGGAGCGGCUGCACGAGCUCGUGCAGGACGCUUUCCGCGAGGUCGACACGGAGAUCCUGGCCAGCCCCUACGCGGCUUCCUCCAUGUUGCCGGAGACCAUCGACUCGGCGCUGGCGCCCGCUCACUGCGUGAAAGCGAAGCGCCUCCUGGACGAGGC